AUGGCUACCGUUCCUGAUACAGCGUCCAUCGAGGACAUCCUAGAAGACCUGGAGCUGCAUCAAGCGCUUCUCCAAAGUCUUAUCGAAACUCGCCCUGGUGCUAUCGAGCAGAGGAAGGAACUUGAAGCCACCGUCAUGGACUUUGAAAGGCAGUUAGCUCAACGUCGAGGUGUGCCUUAUCACACCCCACCCCAGCAAGCACCUGAAUCGCCUCAACGGGCGACGUUUCGAUUUGACGGCGCAAAUGACUCUUCCCCUGCAAGACAAGGGGUCAACAACCUUCUCGAUUUCUUCACGCCGCCUCAGCAACGUGUUUCGUAUCAACGUAAACGUCCUGUUCAAGUUGCCGAUUUCACUAGCCCGACUGGCUCGCCCUUGUCAAAACGUGCUCGCUCGCAACAGCCAGCGUCCAGUCCACAAAGCGCAAUGUCUCCGUACGGCCGUUUCUCCCAUAAGAACAGCCUCAACCCUAACAACGAUCCUCUCAAUGAAUUUUUUGCGCUCGACGGUGGCGAUUUAGAGGACUUCCAAGCAGAGCAGUAUGAGGCGGCAAAAUGGCUAGAUGAACGCCGCGCACAGGAACGUCGUGACGAGGAGUUUGCAAGGCGUCUUCAAGAACGCUUGGACCAAGAGCUCUUACACGUACCCCCAGAGCAAUUUCACACGCCAAACAAGCCGCACACCGGGAUCGAGAAAACGAAUACACCUAUGAGCUAUGGCCCGGCGAACACAUCUCAAGCAUUCACUCAUGGCAAUAAUCAGCCAAUUUUCGGCGUGCCCAGCCUUGGUGAUUCCUCUAUGCUCUACCGACAUCCUUCUCAGGCACCAUCGCCUUUCACUCCAGGGUAUCAAGGUUACAUACAUCAAGGACCGUCUUUUGAAACUGAGGCACUUGACAGCACCGAUAGUGACUUGGCGGAAAUUUCAGCAAGAGACUUCUACCAGAGCCAUACCUCGACGCCAUCAUACGACCUCUCUCGUAACCAUUCCCCCUUUCAUUCUCAAUUUGCGCCGAGGUUGCCGCCCGGCUUACACGUUCCUACCCGUUUGGCUCCUCGACCUAGUGAUUUGCACUCUAGAUUUCAAUCUCGUAUGUCGAACCAUGGAAACCACGAUUUGGGUGCGAAUUAUGGCCUAGGGAAUAAAAGCUAUCCUUGGUUGUCAAAUAUCAAAAAUGAGAAUGAGUACGGCAUUGGAUCUUCUUUAUCAUUGUUAGAGGAUGAACCUCUCGACAACAAACAGGCUACUCAGGAACUCAAGGAACUGUUGGAGAACAUUCGACCCGACAUUGAGCUAUCGAAGAACAAUCGUGAGGGGACACCGAAAGAGUUGCUGUUCAACUUGUAUGAACAUCAAAAGCUGGGACUGACAUGGAUGAAAUCCAUGGAGGAAGGUUCUAACAAGGGCGGAAUCCUGGCUGAUGAUAUGGGUCUGGGAAAGACAGUGCAAGCCCUCUCCCUUAUUGUUUCACGGCCUUCCACCGAUACAGCGCAAAAGACAACCUUGAUAAUUGCUCCUGUUGCUUUGAUGCAACAAUGGAAACGUGAAAUCGAGCGGUUGCUCAAGCCGGAAUAUAAACUGAACGUUUUCGUCCUCCACGGGGAGAAGCGGAAAACCACCUUUGAGACGCUGAAGAAGUACGACGUGGUCCUAACGACAUUUGGUACCAUGGCCUCGGAACUGAAGCGGUGGCAAGAAUGGGAUGAGCAGAGGCGUUUCGCUUCACAAAACGGUGCAAAUAUGAUUGAGAAGGCUCGUUCACUGGCCGUGCUCGGUCCAGAGAGCACUUGGUAUCGUGUGAUCAUCGACGAAGCACAGUGCAUCAAGAAUCGAAAUACAAAGGCCGCCAUUGCCUGCUGCAUGCUGAAAUCCACUUAUCGAUGGUGCAUGAGUGGCACUCCUAUGAUGAAUAACGUUGGGGAACUUCAUUCGCUACUUAAAUUCUUGAGAAUUCGCCCGUACAACAGUCUAGAACUCUUCAACGCGAACUUCACGAAACCUUUGAAGUCCCCGCAUCCCGACGCGCAGAAAAAAGCCCUCGAGCAAAUCCAGGUUCUUCUCAAAGCUGUGCUCCUUCGCAGAACAAAAUUCUCCAAGUUAGACGGCAAGCCGCUUAUAGAUCUUCCGCCACGUGUAACUGAAAAGGUCCAUGCUAUUUUCAGUGAGGAUGAGCAGACGCUUUAUAGCUCUUUGGAGGGCCGCACCCAGAUUCAAUUCAACAAAUAUCUCAAGGCUGGCACCAUUGGAAGGAAUUAUUCCAAUAUUCUUGUUCUUUUGCUUCGUCUACGACAGGCCUGUUGCCACCCUCACCUCAUCAACGAUCUGAGCGUAGACGUCAGCGCUGUGACCGAGAGUGCCGACUUCGUUGAGAAUGCGAAGCAAUUUAGCCCUGAAGUCGUCCGACGCUUGAAGGAAAACGAGCCUUUGGAAUGUCCUGUCUGCAUUGAUGCCGUGGAGAAUGCAGUGAUCUUCUAUCCGUGCGGCCAUGCCACCUGCGCGGAAUGCUUUGCCAGAAUCUCGGAUCCAUCUCUUGCCGUUCAACAAGGUAACGAGGGCCAAGUUGAAGUCAAGUGUCCAAAUUGCCGAGGCAAAGUUGAUCCUAAAAAAGUUACGGACCACUUGUCUUUCAAGAAAGUUCAUUUCCCUGAGCAAGUCUCUGGCACAAACGAUCAGCAAGAAUCCAAUCCCGCCGCUACUGAAGAUUCUGACGAUGACUCUAAUUCUGAUGACGAUAGCGACGAGGACGACUCUGAUCUCGACGACUUCAUUGUACCAGAUGACUACGAAUCCGACGCCAAAUCUCACAAGAGUAAGAGGACUAGAAAGAGCAAGGGCAAGGGCAAGGGGAAAUAUAUUGAAAUCAAAAAGCCCAAAAAGACGCUUGCUGUUCUCCGCAAAGAGGCACAGAGAAACGCAGCCUCGAAACGCAAAUACUUCAAGCGACUUGAAAAGAACUGGCAGACCAGCGCAAAGAUUGAGAAGGCAAUCGAAAUUCUAGAGAACACCAAGAAUUCCGGUUCUGGGGAGAAAACCAUCAUCUUCAGCCAGUUUACGUCUCUUCUAGAUUUGGUGGAAGUCCCGAUUCAUCGCCGAGGGUGGAAAUAUCGUCGCUACGACGGAAGUAUGCGUCUCAACGACCGCAACGAUUCUGUACUAGAAUUCACCGACAAUCCCGAAUGUGAUAUUAUGCUCGUAUCGUUGAAAGCGGGCAAUUCCGGCUUGAAUCUCGUAGCCGCUUCGCAAGUCAUUAUUUUUGAUCCAUUUUGGAAUCCCUACAUCGAAGAGCAGGCCAUCGACCGCGCACAUCGCUUGGGCCAGACCCGCCGCGUCCAGAUUCAUCGUAUCCUCGUGGAGAAGACUGUUGAGGACCGAAUUCUGGCUCUUCAGGAAGAGAAACGCGAGGUCAUCGAAGGCGCUUUAGAUGAGAAUGCGGCCAAGCGUAUCUCACGAUUGGGCGAGCGCGAGCUCAAGUUUCUUUUCAAUGUGCGAUAA